CGGCCACGAGAAAAUGAACGAAUCUCUCUUUGAGAGAACUCGUUACUCCCGAGUCCUUGUAAGGAUUCGUUCAAAACGAACGAAUCGUUCACGACCGACACAUCACUAGUAGUGUUGUCCUCUCCGUCGUUUUCAGCGGCAGCAACGUUUGAUUUGAACGUUUCAAACAUCUUCCAGCUCAGGGAACAUGAGUUUGUCUGUCAGAACUGACCUUUCUGCAGACAACGCCAAACGUCGGAAGAGGAGAGAGCUCACAGAAGACCAGAAACAUGAAAUCAAAGAAGUGUUGGAGUUGUUUGACACCGACAAAGACAAAGAAAUCGAUUAUCACGAACUGAAGGUGGCAAUGCGUGCACUCGGCUUCGAGGUGAAGAAGGUGGACGUUCUGAAGAUUCUUAAAGACUAUGACAGAGAGGGAAACGGAAAAAUAACCUUUGAGGAUUUCAAUGAAGUAGUGACUGAUCGCAUCCUGGAACGAAACCCAAAGGAGGAGAUCGUGAAAGCCUUCAAGUUAUUUGAUGAUGACGAAUCAGGAAAGAUCAAUCUGAGGAACCUGAAACGUGUUGCAAGAGAACUCGGGGAGAACAUCAGUGAUGAGGAGCUGCGCAGCAUGAUUGAUGAGUUUGACACAGACGGAGAUGGAGAGAUAAACCAGGAGGAGUUUCUGUCCAUCAUGACUGGAGACUCCUGAUGAGGAGACUGUGUCUCCUCAUCAGAGACUAAGCUGGCGGCGCUCUGUUGGACUGGUUUUCCAAUCUGAGUGAAACGACGUGACUGAACAUGUGUGUGUGUGAGUAGGAAAGUGAACAAUUGCCGAUAUGGACCCGUAGGUAGAUUGUCUGACAAGUUGAACAUCGACUGCACGGCUCGAGGCAGAUGACGCUUAGGCUGUUGUUAAAAGCUGUUGAUGUCAUGCUGGUCUGUUUUUCACCUUUGCUUAAAUGUUUUUGACUUUUACAUGUUGUGUAACUUCACUUCCAAAGUUUGGAUCAAAGGCCGAACCUUUUUCUUUAUGGAUUUGAUUCGUUACAUUCACAAAUGGAUGUGCUGUUUAUUCUGUAACAUAGGUUUCAUACUGUAGCUGACCAUUUCUGACUGGUUGUUUGUGCAGUUUACAUAACAAAUAUAUUUGAAUGUGCUAUUUAAUUUGUACAAAAUAAAAUGGUUUGCCAGCA